AUGGUUACUAGAGUUAAAAAAUCAUCUUCACCAUCAUCAAACACUUCUUCUUCUUCUUCUUCUUCUUCUGCAAAUACCAAUACUACAACAAUCACUCGAUCAAGAAGAAAUGGUAAAUUAUUGGAUGAGUCGGCACAAAGAGAAGUUGACUCUUUACCAAAUGUAGUUAUUAUAAUCCCUGUAUUUAGAACAGACGAUGAAAUGUAUAGAUAUUAUUCUCGUCUUUCAAAUACUACUCAGAGAUAUUCUAUUACUAAAAGUGGAAGAAGAGUUAAAUAUUUUCAUCUCAAGAUGAUCAAGAGAUUCGCAACAGCAUUAUGGAAGGGCAGCAUUAAAGAUGGAUCAGGUGUGAUUACUACUCAAAGCAAGGUCAUUUCAUCCUUGCCAUACAACGUACCAUCAAGAUUUGGUGGUGAUCAAGUUGAUAAACAUACCAACCCAGAAGAAUUGAUUGCUUCAGCUCAUGCUGGAUGUUAUUCUAUGGCCUUGUCUGCUCAACUCAGUGGAGCAGAACUCACUCCAACCUCGAUCAACACUACCGCCACACUCUCAAUGCUCAAGGAUGAUAAGGGUUGGACAAUUACCCAAGUCGACCUCAAGUGUGAAGCAGUCGUUCCAAAUGCCACCAAGGAAUUGUUCCUUGAAAAGGCAAAGGCUGCCAAGGAAGGUUGUCCAGUCUCAAAGGUCUUAAAUUGCAAGAUCACUUUGGAUGCUACACUUAAAAAUUAA